AUGACUGUAGAGCAGCGUCAAGAUAAGCUGAAGGAGAUACAUCUUUGCUUCAACUGUUUAAGAAAGGGCCAUCGUAGUGCAACAUGUCCUAGUGACAAAUCAUGUGGAAAGUGUUCCAAGAAGCAUCACACUUUAGUUCAUUUCGAGCGACGCGACAAGCCGGAAGUAAGAACUAAUAUACCACAAGCAUCAACCGAAACAGAUCUAGUGCAACCAGCACGGGAGAGGCCUGUAACUGCAUCUUGUUCCAGUAUGUUCCGUCCACCAGUCAAGCAAGUUUUUCUGAUGACAGCUAUGGUGAAUAUUAUGUCCAAGAGUGGCGAAGCAUAUCAAGUUCGAGCAUUGUUAGAUUCAGGAUCUCAAAUCAAUCUGUUAUCGGAAUCUUUGAUGAAGCAAUUGAAUCUUCCAAAACAACCGGCUAACGUUCCCAUUAUUGGUGUAGGAGGUGCGAAAUCCCAUAUACGCCAUCGAGUGGUGGUGAGAAUGACGUCCAGCUAUAACAAUUUCUCUGCCUACGUUGAUUGCCUCGUCACGCCAAAGGUAACUGGAUCCGUUCCAUCAGCAAAUGUUCAAGUAGAUGCAUGGAACAUUCCCCCUGGUGUUAUAUUAGCUGAUACAUCAUUCAAUAAAUCCCGUGAAGUUGAAAUGCUGAUUGGAGCCGAACAUUUCUUCAAUAUUCUGAAACAAGGCCAGAUCAAGCUUGCAGAUAAUCUACCUACCUUGUACGAAACAAAGUUCGGAUGGGUUGUAGCUGGUUCACUCGAAGAAACAGAGGAAGAUUCUCCAGUAUGUGCAAAUUUGGCUGUGACCGACGGACUAGAAGCGUGUUUACAGCGAUUCUUUCAUCAAGAAGAUAACACUGAACCAGACAAUAAUACUAAUGAACAAGAACAAUUUGAAGAACAUUUCCAACGAACCUAUCGUCGAAACAAAGAUGGACGAUUCGUAGUCCAGCUACCCUUUCGUGAAACAGUUCAAAAAUUAGGAAAUUCCAGAUCGCUAGCAUUGAAACGAUUUCUGUUAUUGGAGAAACGACUGGCGCGCAAUCCAGAUUUGAUGACUCAAUAUGCUGAAUUUAUCAAUGAAUAUCGACUAUUAAACCAUUGCCGAGAAGUGAGAGAAGAAGAAGAUUCCCUGGUCUUCAAACAUAUUAUCUUCCACAUCAUUGUGUCCUCAAACCAUCCAGUAGCAGCACCAAGUUGCGAGUAG